CCCUUCAGUUUUAGAAAAUUGGUUCGCACUGUGCAUUGUAGCGAGGUAUGAUCGUAUUAAAAGUUUCCGUUUUGGACACGAUUUCAUUUCCUUGAGGUGAAAUAUUAAAAAAAAAACAUCAAAAAACAUCUCGACGACCGUUUCUUGGUCAAACAUCAUUAUAGAGGGUGACGUCAUAACAUACCAGCUGGAAACACUGUAAUUACACCUGAGUACACUUUCAACUUUCUGGUGCAUCAGCAAGCACGCCAUCUUUGGCAAAUAUUUGGUGAAUAAGGUAUCUUGGAGAGCGCUUACUACAACAGAUCACUACUCUGAUCACCAUGGCAGCUAAUUUCUCCACAGACCAACAAUGUGAAGGAAAGGAUUGUCAAUCAAUCACAGAUGUGACGUACUACGUGGAGGAGAAGAAGAGACUCUGUGAUGACUGCGCCUCUGAGGAAAGAUGCAUCAAAAGAGUUAAAAGAGGUGAAACAAAUAUUUAUUGUGAAGAACAUGAUGAAAAGGUAAAAUUAUACUGUAAAACUCAUGGUGUACCAUUGUGUUAUUCAUGCGCUAUGAUCAAACAUCCACAGCCUUGUGUGCAACAAGAUAUUAAUGAUGCAAUAAAAGAAAGUGGGGCGAGGCUAACUGUUCUUAGAGAAAAGGCUACCGGCAAAUCUAAAAAAAGUCGUGUGUGUUUAGAUAAAAUUAAACAAUGCACGAAAGACACAGACACCCAUCUACAAGCCUUGAAAUAUGAAGUUAAUUCGACAAUAAAGGAGGGGAUCAACAUAGAUAAAGCAAAGGAGAAGGUGGAGGCUGACAAAAUCAACCAAGAAUUUGAUGAUCAGAAUCAAGUACUUCAAGAAGAGAUUAUGAAGAUCAAUGAGAAGAUUCGAAAGAACAAUGAAGAGAGAGAGAAACAACUUGAAUUAAUCCAUACAAAUGCACAGAUUAGACAAAGACAUAUUGACAAUAAGAAGAUUGGUCUUCAUAGAGACAUUGAUAACAUUGUUAAAGAGAAGGAUGGGAAGAUAAGAGAGUUGAUGGAAUCAUUGCAGGAUGACACAAAAACAAUAGAGAAUGCUAUACAGACCAUAGAUACAGUACUAGAAGACGAUAAAAACAUUGUUAAAGACGGUCAUAGUGUGAACAUGUCAGUGAUUGAUAAACUAAAGAAACCACUUUAUAAGAAUGAUGUGAAACAAAUCACUGAUAGAAUAUCAUGUGUGAGGUUUAUGAAGGGUGUUGGGAGAGAGAAGUAUGAUGGUAGGAUUGGUGGGUAUGAUGGCGAGUGGAUACUUAGUGAUACAAUCAGUGUCAAAGAUAAAUUCACAUCCCCAAUUAUUGUGGGUUGCAUAGAUGAAUGUAAUGUGAUCAUCACUGACAGAGUCUCGGGUAGCAGGCAUACAUACAUGUUAGAUAUUAACACUAAACACAUCCAGAGAGUGAUAACGGGUACUGAUACAUCAUGUGUUAUCUCCUGUGCAUUACUGAAUGAUGACAAGAUAGUGUGUGGUAGACGCUGUGAAGGUUGUACAGGGGACAGUUUGACUGGAAGCAUCAGUGUGUAUGACAGACAAUGGAUGCGCAUCAAUGACGUCACAAUACCAAGAAACACAACGCGCGAUACCUCAUGUGUGGAUGUAGCUGUUGACCGUGAUGGGAUGAUCAUCGCUGCUGAGUGGGGUCAGUCUAAGAUAUACGUCAUCAACCCAGCUGAUAGUAAGAUCGUGAAUACCAUCACAUGUAAACAGGAUGUAAAUAUGCGAGGUGUGCUAUCAUCAGGUCACAUCAUCGCUCAACCUAACCCUCUUGGUAAGAGAGUACUAAUCAUAGACAGACAGGGUGGUCAAAGGGAAAUCCCCCACAGUGAUUUCAUCUUGGGUGUCUGUGUUGAUCCUAUAACAGACGACCUCUACGUCGUGACAUCAGAUGAUGAGUACAAGACGUGUGUGAUUGAUCAGGUGAUGAGUGGGAAUGAAGUGAAGAAGAGAAGAGUGACGUCAUUCCCACUAUCAAUUAGACUGACUGAUCGGGAUGAUAGGUUGGGUUACCUUUUAUCCUCUCGUGUAAUGAUCUCAUCAUCAUGCAAGAUAAGUGCUUGUGAUAGAGAUAGUAUUCUCGUCUUCGAAAAGCGACUCACAUUCUAAACGAUGAUAUGUCGGGAUCAUUCACUAUGAUGAAUAUAAGACACACUGACCAGAAUAAUACCCUCUUUGGAUAAUUGAAAUAUCUAUAGCAGUGAGACCUAAUAAGACCUAAUAACUCUGCCCAAUUUUAAACAUCACGGUUAACAAUAGGCAUUUAUAAAAAAAUAAAAUAAUAAUAAAAAUAAAACUCCCGCAUCCAAGAACAUGUAUCAUGCAUGUGGAAAUAGGUUUCUAUAUCAUUGGUUGAAAUAUUAUUGGCGAGGUCAUAUUGCACAAAAUAUGACGAGCCGUCAUCAUCAUCAUCAAACCUACACGCCACGAUGGAUUUCCUUUAGAAAGUAUUGCUUUGCAAAAUGUAUAAUACAUCUUGUAAUACUUAUUUUCACAAAUUAUAUUACGACUAAUACUACAGUUUUGUUAUAUAAUACCUUUGUAUAUUUUGACAUUCUGAUACCGAUGUAAAUGUAGAAAUAAAAGGAAAUAAAAACAAAUAAAGUCAUAAUGGCAUAAUGUCAUAUUUUAUAUUUCCAUAUUUUCCAGUAUUUGAAAGAUAGAUAACCAAACACACUCAUGAUAUGAAGGUGCAGACAUUGAUCAGAUUCUAAUGGGUGCAGUGGCUGAAUAAAUUUAGUCAAGAAUUUACAAUAAUCCAGAUAUUUUUCGUAAAAUUGAACAAAGAUAUAUAACACAAAAUAGAUUAGAAUCAUUCACCCUCAAUUGGACUGGCAAUCCUCACGGAGCGAAUGAAAUAUUCAUUCUUUUCAUGGAAAAUGUAUAACUUAACUUCCUUAACAAUAUGGCAUGAGCCUGCCAGAAUUUUAAUUUAAACAUUGGUGCCACAUCUCUGUUUUAAUUAGAUUUCUAUCCGCGAACAUGAAGAACAUGACACUGACAAGAUUGAUUAGAAAACGAUUUAAUGUAGAUUUCUUAAUUUUGACCUUUUCAGUGCAAACAUAUGGGAGGGCGUCGCAUGAAAUAUUCCAAUUUUAAUAAGCCUUUAUACUGGCCGAGUGUGUUUUCCUUAAAUAUAUUUUCCGUUGGCAUCAUUCUUUAUUUAAAACAAAGGAAGAAAUAUAUGCAAGGUUUAAUCAUUUCAACGGUGUAUAAUAUAUGAAGUAAUUAACGUAGUAAGAUUAAGGGAACUUAAUUGGCGUGCCAAGUCGACACCCGAUACUUAUUAAAGGGGGACACAUGGAUAUCACUCAUGUUUCUGUUAUGUUGCAUGGUCGACUGGUAUGGAGAGAGAGAGCGGGGGGUGAAGGAAGGUAAAGGGAAGAAGAUCGGACAAAAAGGAGAGAGAG